AUGCUGUGGUAUCAUAUUUCUGAGGUUUGUCUUUGUUCCAUUGCAAUACCCGUCUACCCUCAGUUGGCCGGUUAUGCGGCCGACGCCCUGCUGGGAUUCCCCAUCAGUUGUCAGGGGACCGGCUGCCGAUCGCCCAAAAUGGGUGUUUUCCUACUUCCCCCAAACCAAUACCUCGCCCUAACCGGUGCAGGCAUCGAUGGCGUCAAGAUCGCAAAGAAGGCGUUUGUCCUUCCAUUCCAAAAAGUCACCCGGAUAUCAAUCACACCGUUCGACUUCAGCUUGCAGCUGCAGGCUAUGACAAUUGAGAAAUUGUCUUUUGCUCUGCCAGCGGUCUUCACAAUUGGUCCCUCGGAUGACCUUCAUGCCCUCGUGAAAUAUGCCACUUUACUCACCGGUGGCCGUGACGGCACCAAGGCCUCCGGCCAGUCGCACGUCCAAGAUAUCGUCAAGGGUAUCAUUGAGGGUGAAACCCGUGUGAUCGUCUCCGGUUUGACUAUGGAAGAAAUUUUCAGAGAACGUCAGAUCUUCAAGCAAAAAGUCAUCCAGAACGUCCAGGAGGAACUUUCGCAAUUCGGUCUUAAAAUCUACAAUGCCAACGUUAAAGAAUUGCAAGACUCUCCCGGAAACCAAUAUUUCUCUUCUCUUGCACAGAAAGCCCAUGAGUCGGCUAUCAAUACCGCCAGGGUUGAUGUCGCCGAGGCAAGAAUGAAGGGUGAGAUUGGUGAGAAGGAAAAGCAAGGUCUUACCAAGCAACAAAUCUCCAAGAUCGAAGCCGAGACUUCCAUCAGGGAGACUGAACGUAAAAAGGAGAAGGCUGCCGCCGAAGCCGACUUCACGAACAAGCAAACCGAGUUGGAUAGAGAUAUCAAGCUCGCCAGGAUCAGCGCCGCCCGUGCCGCAGAAGCUCGCGAUGCUGAACUUCAGAAGGAUGUUGAGGCGAAGCGCGCAGCUACAGAACUUGAGAGGCUUCGUGCCACCGAUGUCUCUAAGGCUAUGGCAAAGAGGGAGACCGAAAAGGAAGCCGCCGAUGCAAAGUUCUACACCCAGAACCGAGAUGCAGAUGCUAAGUACUACACCAAAAACAAGGAGAUCGAGGCAGCCUACCUCCAGGCUACCAGAGCAGCCGAAGCCAACUACUUUGCUCGUGAGAAGGAAGCUCAAUCAAACCUUAUCACUCGUAAGCUCGAGGCCGAAGGUAUCAGCGCUUUGGCAAAGAGUUAUGCAGAACUCGGCCAAGCUUUGGGCGGCAGCGAUGCUUUGCUCAAGUACUUGAUGCUCGAGAAGGGAACUUACGGCGAACUUGCCAGGGCGAACGCAGAGGCAAUCAAGGGACUUCAACCCAAGAUCAAUGUUUGGACCACUGGUCCAGCUGGCGAAGGUGGUGCUGGAGACCCAAGUGCUGCUAUCCGCAACAUUUUCCAGACUUUGCCACCAUUGUUCUCCACCAUCGAAGAUCAGACUGGUAUCCGACCACCAAACUGGAUUGCUCAGGUCCCCCAGACCAAUGGUGGACCCGCCGAGAAGCAAGUUGCUGCUGCAGCAAGAGGAAACUAA